AUGGCUGCCACGGAUGAUCAGAGAGAAACAAACAUGACAUCCUCAUACCAUCCCCGCUACUCCGAACCGAACGACGAAACCGAACGACAAACCGCAAUUGCUGAUACCAACGAGAUCAUGAGAGACGAGAAGCGUGCGAGCGCCGUUUCGGAAGCAGAGGCCAUCACAGAAGCAAGCAGGACGCUACAAAUCCGUGCAGUCCAAAAUCAAGCUGGCGGCGUCGACGACGACGGCAGCGGCGAAGCGGACCAUGUGGUCUCUGACGUGAACUCGAAGCCAGAAGAUGCCCGGAAACGGUCUUUGUCACAUUCACCAGAGUUGUCGAAUACGCUGGACGAUGGAAGCGACACCCACACGCUGCGAAGUACGAGCGCAGAGGUCGAAGAGAUCGAGAUGGAUGGGAACAAUGAUCUACCCUAUCAAAUCCGGCUGGAGGAUUCGGCUGGGCAUGUGGUCGAAGAAUACGAGGAGACUGCGGAGGCGCUUGCUCGGAUUGUCGGCUCGUUCGAAAAGAGCGAAUCCCCAAUAAAGGAAUUGGAAGAGAUACACGAUCAUAUAUCCCAGUUCCGCGCCUCGGCGAGUGGCGCCCAUGUAGAUCACUUCGAACGACUGUUGAGCAGCAGUGAUCUGUGCAGGACUUUGCCGGACCUGGUGAUAGCGUUACUGGACCGGAACGAGUCCUUCAGUCCGCGAUUCUUCCAAAGGAGUGGCCUGCAUGACCUCACGCUGUUUUUUGAGGAUUUCAUUUCCAUAGCCACACUCAUAAUCCGGCACGAGGCGUCAAAACUGGCAGUGCUUUCGCUGGAGGAAGAAAGCCACCUGCUAUCGGAGACCUAUAUCAACACCAUCAUCCAGAUGUUACGACAGCAACCUCUCUACUACAUGAUAAGUUCGGCAGGAUUCCAGAUUGCGGACUCGUUUCCUCAGCUUCUCAGCAGCUUUGGCGAUCCAGAUGGUUUCCUGUGUGCGUUGAAGUCUCUUGCCGCAGCCAUCUACCAAAAGGCACCAUCGCAGCCGAAAUCGAGUGUGCAUCUGCAUUUGAUGCCGGGGCUAAUUCUCAAGACGCUCAGUAUUAUCCCGAACACCAAUCCUGAAACCAAGAAUAAGAUUUUAGGGUACAUUACCCAGUUCUGGGUCAUGCUGGAGAACUCGAUUUCCGAAGCACUAGGAUCCCACAUCCAGACACUUGAUAUGAAGGAUUUGCUCGGCCGUCUCGACCUCUACGGCUCCUUGGCUGCCGGCAUACAUCACAUGCAGCCCACAAAUCCGAGGCUGUUACCCAAACUGAGCCACUGCUUGGCCAGUUAUAGGAUAGCGUCAACAAAGCCUAAGGAGAUUGGGCAAUUCGUCGAGUGGGCGCACAAAUUUCCGUUCUAUUACAAGAUGCUCUGCAGCAGCAGAAUGGAUAUUCGGCUGCGAGGUCUCACCUGCAUGACGGAUACCCUGCUGUCUGUGUGGCGAGAGUAUUAUUCGCGUAUCGACGAUGGUAGCCCGAUUCUGAGUAGAUUUCUUGUCGAGUACCUGAUCGAGAAUGGCGUACUGGAGUACCUCGUAGGGCCUGAAUCCCAUUCCGAGCUCAUCAAUCGCUGCGGAAACGUUCCCGCCUUCCUCAUUGUCAACCAGACCAUUCCGGAACCCCUACUGAAUUGCUUGUGGCAACCAGUCAUGGACAACAAAGAUCCACGGAUAGUCAAGGCUACUCUGAAGAUGCAUCAAGAAAUGAUCUCAUUCGAUUCGUGCCUGAUGUCCUUUGUUGCCGUGGUCGUGGAGAAAAUCGCUAAGAGCUACUCCAAUGAGAUGCGACAACGCCAACAUUUGGGAAUCCCAAGAUUAUGUCGGGAACCUUAUGAGAUGCUGAUCAGGCUGAUGAGGCUGGCCUCCGAACACGAUGAAACCGUGGAGACUGCACAAACAAUGGUCAUCUUCCAUAGAGCUAACGAAGAGCUGAGCACAUUAGCAGAGUUUGGGCCUGAGGGGAGCGUGCGAAGGGAAAUCCUGGAAAAGUGUGUCGAUGACAUCAAGGAAAUGAAUGGAAGCGUCACAGGCAGCACUUCGGUCAUCCUCGCAUUUUUGCGGCGUAGACCCCGCAACUAUAGAGCAGACAGUCCGACAGCGUCCGAGGAUGUCGGAUACCUUGUCGAGACGUUUGACCUCGCGGCUCUUGUGGUGCGUGAGACUUUGGUGUUCAUCGGCAGGCACGGAUCGGUCAAGACAACAUCGAGACUGCAGAAACUUAGGACGCGGCUGGAACUGCUUAACUUGAUGCUGCGUAUGUCACCGAACUGCGUUUCCAAGGACUUGCAUGCCCAACUGUGGACCUAUCUCGUUGGAGAGAAGGCGUUAGGCCCCUCGGAAAGGGUGCUGGGAUUCGAUUUCUACAACCUUAUUGGUUCACUGGAUAGUGAUCCGGAUGAGGACACUGCUAGGAUUCUGCACAUCGCUGGAGCGGACCUGCUUUGGCGAAUCAUUCUGAAUGCCAAUGACGAGAAGCUGGCGGCCGCUACUAUUGAUCUGCUUGUCCAAGAGUAUCUCGAUGCAUCCCUGGCGGUGAUUGAGGCAACUCAUCUCGGCAUCGUUGACCGCUGUAUCGACUUGUUGACAUCGUCAGCUACAAAACUUUCCAGGCGAGGGGCCGAUGACGGUGAUGGCGAUAUGACCGUUGACUACCUAACGGAAGACGAACGAAAUCCGCCAGCGACACACGUCAUUCAACUUGGCUCUCAAAACACCGCAUAUGACUUGCAUUCCCACAUAUAUCGUCUGAUCGUGACGGCCAAACAUAGGAUAGUGUUGAAUGGCAAAGAGUUGAAGCUUGCUGACGAUCCUUCGAAAUCGCUCAAGGACUUCGGAAUAUACAGCGGAUGUGUUGUUAUGGUCUACAUUCAGCGGCCCCUGCCCGCUCAAGAGGCCGAGAACGCGACUGGGCCGGAGCAGCCGGAUGUCAUGCGACAUUUUGAGGCGUUGUACACAUUACUCGACCUUCCCGAAGCCCUUUCCGUCAAGGCAUGGAUGUUCCUGAACAGUUUCCCCCCACACGAUCUAGUAAAACAACAGCUUCUGCUCUCGGAAACGACUGCGUUAGAUAUCUUCCCACCAGACAAGCCUUAUAAGACUCUUUACUCGCUUCAUGCUCUGCGGUACUGCUUCGAGGAACAGAAAGUCGCACAGAACGGAUCAACAACCUUUCUGAGUACAUGCGUGAAGCGACUCUGCGAGGCUCUUACGAGGGGCACGAAGGAGAGAGAGGAGCAGGCUGCGGAAACCCAAGUCAUUGUCACGAAGGAAAUCCUCGAGCGUCUGAAGAGUCUUCUGCAGGCUAUAUGCAAGAUCUACAAUGACUCAGAGCGGCACAUGGAGUUCGUGAAGCAUUUCUGGCCUAUUUUGAGCGAUAUCCUCUUGAGCAGCAGCCACUUGAAGCCGGAGAACGCAGCACAGCUGUUUCGUGUUGCUUGUUCGACCUUCAGGCUGGUGGGAAAUUCCGUUCCCGAUGCUGCGGAUCUGAGCCCGUAUUUCGAUGAUUGGUUCCGUCAAUUGUGUACUCACAAAGUCACCGAAACUGUCGGGCAACCAAAGGAAGACCACGUAGUAACUGGUUUCACCCGUCUUCUGACGCUCUGCAUGAUGUUCAUGCGUCACAGCGGGAUGACCCCACCAACCAAUCAUCUCACGGACAUGUGGCGCAAUUUGCUGUUUCCAGACUCAUCCUAUGGUACAGACAGCGAACGGAUGCCAAUCCUUCACGAUCCUACGCGAGCUGAGCUUUACAAAUUCACAUGCGAGCUUGUUGCGAAUAAUCACGAGAGCAUGGAGCAAAUCGUUAGGCUCAACUAUGAGCUCUUCCCCGAAGAUAGCAUGCUACUUGACGAGUACUGGGCCGACCGCGACAGAUGGCUACGAGCCCCAGCAGGCCUUGUUGGGCUGCACAACCUAUCGAAUACAUGCUAUUUGAAUUCCCUGUUGACUCAGCUGUUCAUGAACCGAUCCUUCCAGGAUUUCGUCUUGGGCAUUCCGGUAGACUCUACUGACCAGAUGCGUGCGAAUUCAUUUCACCUGAGGGUGUUAUUUGCCCGCAUGCAAGCUAGCUUCGCUAAAGCCAUCGAGCCUCGAGAUCUUGUUGAGUCACUUCGCGACUUUGCUGGCGAUCCAAUUGACCCUCAGGUUCAGAUGGAUGUCGACGAGUUCUUCAAUCUUCUUUUUGAUAGGCUGGAAAGUGAGAUGCCUACUACUGACCUAAAGUCGGCUUUUAGGUCAUAUUACGGGGGGCAAUUGGUUCAGCAGGUGAAGUCGAAUGAGUGCCCUCACAUCUCGGAGCGUACAGAGCCUUUUUCCGCGAUUCAGUGCGACAUCAAAGGGAAGCACACUCUUCAGGAGAGCUUGAAGGCUUACGUCGAGGGCGAAAUCAUGGAGGGUGACAACAAAUACCGUUGUACGGAUUGUGACAGGCUAGUAGAUGCCGUCAAGAGAACCUGCCUUAAGGAUAUACCCGAUCACCUCAUUUGCCAUCUCAAACGGUUUGACUUCGAUCUGCAGACCAUGCAACGGAGCAAGAUUAAUGAGCGCUUCGAGUUUCCUAUGCGGCUGGACAUGAAGCCGUACACGAUUGAUCAUCUCAGCUCAAUGGAGUCGGGUACUGACAGUACCUGUGAAUCGGACGAAUUUGAAUUAGUCGGUGUACUUGUGCACACGGGAACUGCCGAAUCGGGACAUUACUACUCGUACAUCCGGGAUCGAUUUUCACCUGAUGAGAUUCCGAGGUGGUUUGAAUUCAAUGAUUCUGAGGUCAGUCUCUUCGAUCCGUCGACAAUACCGGAGAACUGUUACGGAGGGAGCGACAACAUCUCGGCAACCGGAUAUGUCAUUCCGAAGUCGUUCAGCGCCUACAUGCUCUUCUACCAGCGGUCUUCAUCGUUGCACAGGCCACUACCGGAAACAUACCAGUCCUGUGUUCCUCGAAGGCACCGCAUAGAGAUCCUUAGAGAAAAUGAGGAGCUCAUACGACGGCACAACAUGUUCAGUCCCGACUACGUCCAGUUUGUGAGGACACUGGUGGUUGCCCAGUGUAGACUGUCCAUCGCAAGCGACGAAUACUCCAGUGAAGAUGAAGUACUCCAGCUGGCAUUGCGAGCGUUCGAACACAUAGUCGCGAGAGUUAAGGACUUUCCCGUUUGUGAGGCGCUUGUCUUGUCUAUUGAGGCGCUCGCUUUCCGUUUCGAUGAUUGCGCGAAAGCUUUUGUUCUUUGGGCCUCGGACUCGCAUGUUGUCGCUGGCCUACUCAUGGACAACCCAUUCCAGGAAAUUCGCCGGAGUUUUAUCCGAAUGCUGGUGCACGUUCUGGGUAAUCUGCGAGUUACCAACCCGACUCUGUAUGGUGUUUCCGACGAUGGAGAGGAGACACCAAUUCCAAGGAACGAGACAAUGCUCUACUUUGUCUGCAAAGGGUUCUGUGAGGCAUGGAACGGACUCCAGGCAUCGUUGAAGCCAUGGAACGAUUACUUUUCGUUCUUGAUUGAACUUGCCAAUUGGGGCGAUUGCGAGAAGGAGUACCUCCUCAAGGCUGGCGUGCUUAGAAGAAUCCUGGAGAUGUUUGUGAUCAAUCACAUUGGGCCGACUAAGAGGGCGGAACAAAGGAUCGAAGCUUUCAUCAAGAUCAUGAACAAGCCGAGGGUGCCAGCGGCCAAACCAGCGGAGCUAUUGUUACUCCUAAUGAAGCGGUGCUCACCAUUCGUACCGGUUUGCAACAACGAAGAGAUGCGAGACAGGAGGAGGUUCGAGGUUCGACUGCCACUGACAAGACCUGAAGAGACGUACUUCAAGCUGUGCCAGGGCCGGGGAACAGGCGUGCUAGCUGUUUUUGCGAAGCUUAUGGAACAUGCCACAGCAUUAAAUCAAGUGGAGAGGAUCAUGAUUGACAUCCUGAGUGCCGAGCCAACCCCCCCAGAACACGAGUUCACUAAUAAUCUGAAGAAUACCCUACUGAACGGAAUUUCCGUGGACCCGGCCAUUCACGCCGCUCCUUAUCUUCAGUGUCUUCAGUCGUUUGUCACGCAUACACGGUCGGAAAUCUACAUUAGGGAGAUUGUCAGCAAAGUUUCCGAAGAAAUUCCCACGAUUGCCAUGACCGGAGGUUCCGAACACCUACAGUUCUUCCAGUAUAUUUGGAGCCUGGUGCCAGUAAGAGCGGCGGUUAGGCCCGCCAUACUUGAGAACAUAUCCGAAUGGGCACCUGCCUUGGUUUGCUAUCUCGAUGCGAAUGUUAGGGAAUCUGCGGAAGACUUUCUCGUCAAUAUCCUUUUUGAUGAGCCGGACUGCUCUCCUGAAAAGAUUCACCAAGCGAUACUCGACCUAGCCGAAGCAUUGUUUCAGUUCAUUACCAACAAAUUCCCGCAGAAUCGCCAACCAAUCGAUGAUAACACCUUCGAUAGCACGAUGAAUCUUCUCGCGAGGUGUAGAGAUGCGCAGCCGGAUGCAGAUCUAUUCAACUCGAAACUUGGUGGUGGGCACUCAUCUCUUCGCCGUACCUUGUUUACCGGAAAGGACGGGCUGACGGCGGAAAUCACAGAACUUAGAAACUUCAUUGACCGACUAGUCAUUGAAGAAGAAGAAGACAUCGACUUGGCAUCUGCUCACACGCCGCGUCCAGAUGAUUGGAAUGGAUCGGACUUUGGAAGCGAUACACGAGACAUGGUUCACGCGGAUGAAUAUAGAUCGUGA